CUCUCCCUCUCUCCCUCUCUCCCUCUCUCCCCAGUGUCAUUUUCUCCCUCAUACUUCCCAGGAAGAAGCAAGAAGCUGUUUUCACACAAUCUCUACCCGCUUCUUUACCCCUCCACCCUUCCUCUCUCUAUCAUAGAAUUCCCAUUCCAUUCCUCCUCAAAUCCUCUCCUCGUCUCUUCGCCCACACAGAUCUCUCUCUCUCCCUCUCUCCCUCUCUCUCUCGUCUUCUCCAAUCCUUCAACCACAAGAGAAAAUUAAAUCAGUACAGCACAACCACAUCAACAAGUACAAGAAGCAUCAUGAACAAGUAGCAGAAGAAAACACUAAACAAGAAAGAGAGAGAGAGAGAUUAGGAAAUUGGAGGUUUCUUUAUUCUCCUACUUUUACAAAAAGAAGAGAAAGAAUGGAGUUGUUUCCAGCACAGCCAGACCUCUCAUUACAGAUAAGCCCUCCUAAUGCCAACAAACCGAGCUCAAGCUGGAAUAACACAGCAGAAUCAGAGACCGUGCACCUGGCGUUUUGGAGCAGAGCCCUCGACUCCAACUCCACCGGCACCGUAGCGGCUAAGUCAUCCGUCGCCGGCGACGGCUUCGACCUCUCCCUCCCAAACCAAGGUCUCUCCAACCACUAUCCUUCGUUCCUCCAUGAGCCAUACCUCGGCCAAGAUCUCGCCUUUCUUCGCCCCAUACGUGGCAUCCCUGUUUACCAUUCCCCUCCUUCCUUUCCUUUCCCUCCUCAGCAAAACCACAGACUCAACUACUUCUUCGAUUCCUCAAGGACAUCACCGUCGUCGAGGUUUCUCCCUCGGUUUCCCGUGAAGCGCAGCAUGAGAGCUCCCCGAAUGCGCUGGACUUCUACUCUCCAUGCUCGCUUUGUUCAUGCUGUUGAGCUCCUCGGCGGCCAUGAGAGAGCAACCCCCAAGUCUGUUCUCGAGCUCAUGGAUGUGAAAGAUCUCACCUUGGCUCAUGUGAAAUCCCACUUACAGAUGUAUCGGACUGUCAAGACCACUGAUAAACCGCUCACUUCAGGUCAAGGUGAUCCCAUUGAAAACUUUGAUGACAACUUGCUCGAUUUAAACAAUAUUGUGCAUGGACCCGAAUCUUCAGUUGAAAAUGGAAAGUCAGCAGGACAAAAUAGCACGAAUUCUUAUGGUUUAUGGAGCAAUUCUUCCAGCAGGGAAGAGCUGUUUCAUGACAAACCAAAGGAAUACACCUCAUCAGGGAGAGGGAGGAUGUCCCCUUUUGAUCAGUGUGAGAGGCAAUCCAGAAGCUUUGAAAUGAUUUCGGAUCUUAACUCAUCCUGCCUAUCAGAGACCAGCUCGAAGAAGCCCAUUAUCGAGUUCACCUUAGGAAGGCCUUAGCAAUCAAAGCUGGAAAUUAUAUAAUUAUAUGUAUGUACUGAGCAGAUUUUCAAAUUCAGACAUCUAUCGAUCUUUUGCAUCAGAAGAUACUAACCCAGAGUGAGUGAGUGAGAGAGAGAUAAAGACAGUGAAGUGUUUACAAAGCAUAUCAAUCUAAAGGGCAAAAAGGCCAUGUUCCAUAAAGUAUCAAUUAGUUUUCUGUUUUUAGAUGUACAAUGUGUUAAAAAUUAUGACCUCAAAAUUUCCUCCCAUCAAAUCUUUUUAUGAUA